AUGAAUCUAUCUUGGGCGAAUCAGUUUGCAAAGACUGCUCUGAAAACUGCACAGCAAAAAAUUGAUAGCGUUUUGGAUAUUCGAGCGGAAGAUGAGGUGCCUUCUUCUUCGGUUGAGACAGCAAUAAGUGAUGAGUCAGUUGUUACCACUGCAACAGCACUGAUCGAGCCAGAUGAGGUAACCGCUCCAGUGCGUUCAUCCUCCUCAGCAAUUGAUGAAAAAUGGGCGAAUGCCUGGAAUAGUUUGUCUUCUGACCAAGAGCUUGUUGUUGACUCUGAACCGAAUCCAAUUCGUGACGGAUGUCCACAGACAACGGCAACUCUGUUAGGUCAUUCCCCUUCUUCGAACUCUUCGGAUGGGAUAGAGGCUGGACAAUCUCCUCAGAAAAUUCGUGACAAUGAUGAGAUCAAAAAGGCUGAAGUGAAUAAUGUUGAGGAGUCAACUUAUAUUGAUAUUGAUCUGUCCGUGCCCUCACGUGGAAGUAGUCAGUUUAUCUCUUCAUCUGAUACGAUCCAAGAAGGAAAUAUUUUGCCUCCAUUGCCAGAUAUUGUACGUCGUAACUCACACCAGGACGAUUCGCUUACGGUCACCUCUAGUGAUAUUGAAGUGAUCCGCAAUAUGGAUGCUUGCUCGAUUGCUAGCAGCAGACCGACGACUGACUAUAUGCCUUUCCAUCUUUUGACUUCUAAGCACGAUUCCGCUGAAUCCUUCCGUGCUCAACUACUCCAUGCCGAACAACGUAGGAACGAGUUGAAAGCUGCGAACGACACAUUACAAUCAAAUAAUGUCCAACUCCAACAACGAAUUGUUGUCCUGAAUCAACAGUUAGUGUCCCCACUUUUUCUAGUGAAGUUUCGUGAAAUACUUUCUGCUGUGCUUCACUUCUCGUUAUUAUGA